UCCGCUCGGGGCGCCGCGGAACCGUGGGUUUAGCCCUCCAUCUGACAGCCCCUGGAGAGCCAGGUGUCCGGUGGGAGCCGGCAGGGCACCCCUCGCGUGUCCUGCAGUGCUGGCUGUUGUAGAAGAGGCGGCUUCGCUGGCGCAGGUUAUGGUUUCCUGUAGAGGUGUGUUAGAGGAUUGAAGUCGCAGCGGCAGAUGUGGGCCUGGAAGGUGUAAUCCAGCUGCAGAGGAGGAAGAGUCGGCAAACAGGCUUGACUGGCCAGCGCUUCUGCCAGCGUGCCUGCCUGCCUUCCGCGGCCCCCGCCUGCCCCUUGCGCCCGGGGUGGGCUGGCGAAGCCCCUGGGCCCGAAGGAGACCAGGGGUGGGUGUGCCGAGGAGAAGUCGGUUCUGGUGCAAACGCGCAGUUGCAGUUGCUGGACGAGUGUGUAGCAGCGUUGUUCUCUGGUGCUCUGACUUGUCAGCUCUGUCUGUGCUCAGGUGUAGGAGUGGUUCCCUUCUCUUUUGGGGAAUAAAGUGCAUGAAAACGUACGUGGAAGCGUUAUAUUGUAUGUUUGGCUGUACUCUGCUUGUUUUCUUCUUAAGGAAUUGUUUAUGUUUCCAGAAAAUAUUUAUAAAGUGCUGUGUUCUGGACAGAUGAAGUUUUGGCAAAUUGAUUUAGUGUUGUAUUUAAUGACUCCCCUGAUGACAGGGGAAAAAUAUGACACAUGAUAUGGAAGUAGGUGUAAACAGAAGCGAUCUCUAAUGAGAAUACCUAGUGGAGAGGAAGAAAGUGUGCAGAAGCACAGUGCUUAAAAUGUUUGUUUUCAUUAGUGAUAAUUUUGUUUAUUGAAGUAUUUCAGAGGGAUGAUGAGCACUGCAUGAGUUUCUGACUGCUGUCUUGUCCUGUGUACCUAGUGCUGGUGAGGGUCAAGAUAAGGCUGUUCUUGAUGGCAAGUGGCUUUCCUGUUCUGGUGUGGCAGGACCUGAGCAGUGCAGUGCUGGGUACAAGCUCAAAGACCUUCCCAAGGAGCAGUGUUUGAAAUCCACAAGUUUGUCUUGUCUUUUUUAAUUGCUGUUGUACUAGAAGUAAAACACUAGAGAAAAAGAUAUCCAUAAAAAGCCCAUGGGAGGAGGGUUGCUUAGGAGGAUUGCUGUUACUUUCUAUUCUUGAACUAGCAGGAAUUAGUAGAACACAUAACUGAGCGGCACACUGUUAAGCCUCCUCUUAGUUGAGGCGGUGUCACCAAUGACUGCAAGGAGGCAGGUGGUGAUUUUGAAUGUAUUUACUCCCUUUUCAUAAAAUGGGGGGAGCAUAUUGGAUUCUGUUGGGAAGCUGGUGGAUUCAGUAGUUACAGUACAGUAAGAUGCUGUACUGAUAGGAACCUCAUAGUAGAUGUUGUAGCCCUGUGUAAGAUUGAAUGGCUACACUGCCUGGAAAUUUGACUUAACCAUAUUGGGACUUCUCUCUCCUUGUCCAUUGCAGACCUUCACCAUUGUGAAAAGUAGGAUAAACAAUCUAACUUAAAUGUGCUGUUACUUGUAUAUUUUUUUAAUAUAUAUCUUUAUUUAUUCUUGUGAUUAAUGUGGGGUAGUAAAUUGGGAAGUGAAGGCACUAGAGGAAAUAAUUGGUUGCAGGUAAGUUUCCUGUACUGAUGUUAUUCUCCACUUCCAUGUAGCAUAGCUGGAAGGAGUGAGUGUGAUUAGAAAUAAACAAGCUUUAAAACACCUUGAAAGGCUUUUUAAAUUACCUUCCUCUGGGAAGCUGGUACUCUGAGGUUAUUAGUUCUCCAUCAUAAAUAGUAUUUUAACAGGCAAAUGAAACAGGACACAGUUUAACAAUAAGUUUAGGAUAACACCAAGGGAGGACUUAUUACUGGCAAGCGACUGCAUAAAAGAUCUGUGAGCAGGCGAAUCUCUGGAAGUUAUUCUGUAGUUGAACUAGAGCUAAAUUAAUGUUUUAUUUGGAGAUGUAAACUGCUCUUAAUAGCCUGUAAGUACGCAUCUCUAUAACGAAAAGGUUCUUGACAAUGCUGGACGUGCUGAGAUGCAGAGCUGCUUUCUGCAAGGUGGAGUCAGUGACUGAAUUCCAUCUAGCACCAGAUAUCAAGCUUCUAAAUCAGUUCCCUGUUUCACUGCUGUGAGGCUGGGCUUUUUUUUAUGUACAUACUUCACUCUUUGUCCUGCUCAAACUCCGGUAUCUCGUAUCUCUGAUUCUGGAGUAAUACAAUUUAUAUUACUUAGUCUUAAAAAAAAAAAAAAACAAACACAAACCACCAGCCCAGAACAAACAAACAAAUCCUACCCAAACCCCAUAAUCAGUCCAGAUUCCAGUUGAUUGUCUUCCAACGUGUACCUCAGCUUCCAGCACUUUUCUCUCUUCUCAGAGCCACAGCACUUUGUGCUCUCUUUGUGCGUCAGUUCCUCCACCCUCUGGUUAUGCUGGAGUUUCCCAAGGAAGUGUCUUGUACCUUCCUUGCCCAGCGUCUCUGUCUUACUUAGUCUGGCAGGGUUUCAUGGAAGAGGAAAGGCCCAGGGCAUAGUCCUCUGGCGUGGCUCUGUUUCCCAGACAGGCGAUGGGGAAAAGUGAAAACAGCUCCCUGCUGUCACAGGCCAUGCCCCAUCAGCAGCCAUGCUGUGACUGUUUUCAGUGGCUUGGAAUGAUGUGAGACUGGCUGCUGAACAGGAAAAAUAUCUGGAGGAAUAAUGUACUGGAAUGUUUGAGAUGAUUUUGGAGUGGGAAAAUGAGUUAUUUUUCAUCACUUUUCUGAAUGGUGCUUUCAUUUUUUGGAUGCUUGGCUGCUUUAUGGUCUAGAAGGAUACCUAUGAUUUCUUUUAAAAAAACUUUACCAUUGCUAGGUUUUCUUUGGAUAAAUUGUCUGUCUUAAAUUGCCAUCUGUUUCUCUUUUAGGAAGAUCUUUGGUUGUAAUGUUACCAUUUUUUCUAAAACUAAUUAAAGCAGUGGGUGAACAGGUGAUGUCUUGAUUACAAUAGAAAACCUUAGAAGCCUGUGCCACUCUCCCCAUUUCUCUCAUCCUAUAAAUUGCAUUGGUCAGUGUUGUACAACUUCCUAUUAAAGAAAUUGAGUAAAUUGAAUUGCCUCAAAACCUUAAUGUAGCCAGAAAUGGGAGGUUAGAAAGGGGAAGGGAAACCAGGAGAACUGGAGGGGGUGAGGGGGUGAAGAGAGAAAAGAGUGGAGGAAAUAGGCUGUGCCAGGCAAGACGUGCUGUAGACAAGAGUUCUUGCACAAACAGUAGCAAGACUUUAAGGGGAAAAAAGAAAGAGAGCAAACUAAGGCCAUAUACAGUACUCUAAGUACUGCUGGUCCUUGUUAUUGAACUACUGAGAGCAGUUCAAUAAAAAGCAUUAAGCCUUUGUGCUUAUAAUGAAACCAUUAAAUAAGCUGCAGAAAAACUUCUGUGUUCCAUGGCUUUGUCUAUUCCUGAUGGUGUUCCAGUGCAGAUGAAAACAGAAUGACACAUACAUGAUGCAAACUCAAUGGGAGGAUCAUCUCUUUCACUGGGAAUGGCAGAGGUGUUCUCAAACUGGAGUGCUUCAGAAGCACGCAAAGUCAGCAGCAUGCGUGAGGGACAGCACUUAAUCUGCGCAGCAAGAAUAAGCCAUUGUAGUACUGUCUGGGGCUGGACUCCAAUGGGUAUAAACCAAAGGAGCCUGAGGACACUCUGAAGACACUGAAAAGUUGUGGUUCUUUAUUUGGAAUACACGUUAUGAACCCUUUCUGGAGCAUGUCUGCAAGUUCUGUGCGCAAGAGACCUGAUGCUGAAGAGAAAACUUUGAGUGGAGAGCUGCGAACCAGUCCUCUGCGAGUCUCUACAAAGAAACAGCUGCCUUCUAUUCCAAAGAAUGCUGUGCCAAUAACCAAGCCUGCUUCACCUGCCAUGUCAUCCCAAUCAACAAAUGGAACACACGCUUCUUACGGGCCGUUUUAUUUGGAGUAUUCACUACUUGCAGAAUUUACCUUGGUUGUAAAGCAGAAAUUGCCAGGUGUCUACGUGCAGCCAUCUUACCGAUCAGCAUUAAUGUGGUUUGGUGUAAUAUUCAUAAGACAUGGGCUCUACCAGGAUGGUGUGUUUAAAUUCACUGUCUAUAUUCCUGAUAAUUACCCAGAUGGAGACUGCCCGCGCUUGGUUUUUGAUCUGCCUGUCUUCCAUCCGCUAGUAGAUCCUCUGUCUGGUGAACUGGAUGUGAAAAGAGCAUUUGCAAAAUGGAGGCGAAAUCAUAAUCACAUAUGGCAAGUAUUAAUGUAUGCUCGCAGAGUCUUCUACAAGAUUGAUACAACUACUCCUCUGAAUCCUGAGGCUGCAGUGCUGUAUGAAAAAGAUAUUCAGCUGUUCAAAAGUAAAGUGGUGGACAGUGUCAAACUGUGCAGCAGUCAUUUAUUUGAUCAGCCCAAAAUAGAGGAUCCCUAUGCAAUCAUUUUUUCUCCAUGGAAUCCAGCUAUACACGAUGAAGCUAGAGAGAAGAUGUUGUCUCAGAAGAAGAAGCCAGAAGAUCAGCACUGCAAAAGCAUGCAUGUUUCUGGCCUCUCCUGGGUAAAGCCUGGCACAGUUCAGCCUUUCAGCAAAGAGGAGAAGACGAUGCCUACUUAGCUCUUCUGGACGAUGGUGCACAAAACACUUUCUGUGGGUGGAGGGAAUGUAACGGAAGGAGAAACGGCAAAGCAGCAGUUUCCUUCUUAACUACGGAUUAGUAAAAACUGAAUGGUAGCAGUGACUCCAGUAAACCUCUUCAUUGGAUUACUGACUCUUAAGGUUUUACAUAUGCAUUAGGUUUUAAAGGCUUGCCUGGAGUUUGGAAGUCUCUCUUGAACACUGACUGCAGUGCUUCUACUUGAAGACUGUCUAUGGUGGGUAGUUCCUCAGGGCUCUGAAAUGCCUGGAGGCUUUGGGUUGGUUUUUAUGCUUUUAUUUUUUUUUUUUCCCUCCAGGAAUAGCAGUUUUUUAAAAAAUCUUAAAUUACUGGCAGAAAUAUUAGUAUUGGAAAUAUGAUGCCAGAGGUGAGCUGUGUUCAUGUAAACUAAUAUAGCAGAGUUAAACACUAUAUUUAAUGGUUUUAAAUACUUUUGGUUUCUAUUGUAAAUAUAUUAGGAUUUGAAAUUGUAAAUAGACGGUUCAUUGACUUCAUUUAGCACUUUCCAGAGAUAAAGCUGGGGAUGAUGUAUGAUGUAUUAUUGAUAUGUAAAUGGAUACUGUCACUAAAGCGCACAUUAGUUUGAUAGGGUGAAAGCAGAAUGUUAGGCUUGUUGCUUUUAUUACAUAAACACUAAAUCAAAGCUUGUAAUGGUGGUCUCUUAAGCUAAUAAAAUCAUAGAGGAUUUUAGAUUCCCUAGCUGUCUAGGGGAAGGGGAUUACUUAGGAUAUAUUGACUAAUGUGUGUUAAUAGUGACAUCUUAAAAUAAAAAGAACUUGUGAUCUA